CGCAGAAUCUCGAUUCUUCACAACAUCCGGUUAAUCCGGAAGUCAUUUUGGUUUAGCGUUCUAAUAAGAUUUGACGUUUGUUCCUCGUUUUUCAUGUUUAUUACUUACCAAAAUGGCGUUAAGUUACAAAGGCGCACGACUUCCCCCGGCUUCUUUGCAGCUGCUCGUGCCUCCAGUGAGACUGAUGUCCGCCUUAGUGUGGCGGGUAGCUCAGGAGCGCAGUGUGCUCCAGUAUGAUAAAGUGCUGGACUUCAUCAGCUUGGUGAUAGAGAUUGUGCCAGAGAUCCUGAAUCCCAUUCAAAAAGCUCAACUCAUUAUGGGCUUGAGAGCAAGGCUAGUUUUGGAGCUAUGUCAGGUUGAUGGUGUCACUAACCUAAAAACCAUCCAGAACCACCUCGAUAAAAUCCACUCCUGCAGCUCUGAGCUGAGCGCCAAUGAUCAGAUGGAAAACAGUGAAAUCCUAAGUAUGUCCUACAGAAACUUUGCCACCCUUGUUCAGAAAAUCUUGAGCGACUCAUUUGAAAAAGAGAUUUUCUUUCACGAAGUUUUUCCCCAAAAAUAUGGCUCUGCCUUCAACCAAGAGAUCCAGCAGCUCGUGUCUGUGUUUUUGGUUAGACUGGAGCAACUUCUGCCUAUACCGGAUCUUCAGGAGACGUCAGCCCUGCUCGCUGGUUCAUCUGCCCCAGAAGAGUUUUCACGCAGUCUGUCUGAUCCUGCUGCUUUGAAGACUCUUCUCCUUCAAUACAGAGAGCGGGGGACUCUCAGCUCAACUCUGACGCCCGAUGAGGAGGAUAUCAUUUUGCACACGUUGGCUCAUCCACCUGAAAACGUAGAAGAAAGACUCGCAAUAGAUUGCACUGAAGCUGAUGAUGAUAAUUAUGACAGUGAUGGGAGGAGCUUGGAGGAUUUGGACGAAGAGUCUGCCGAAAGCUUAGAGGACACCCCAGAAGACUGGGAUCCAAAAAAAGAGUCCGGUCUAGUAUCUCACUUAUACAUCUGUCCCGAGUGUUCGUUUGCACACUUGUGCAUGAAAAAGAUUCACGAGCACAUCCAGAAGGAGCACCAGAAGUCGGGGAUCAAACCCAAAAAGGUAUCUUCAAAAACAGGAAGUUCGGAUAUUCAGAUAAAAAAUAAGAAAUUAGAAAAGAAUUCGAAGAAGGAAAAGAAAUGUGUAAAGAAAAAUAGCCCAGACAAGAAACUGAACUGUGAACAGAAUAAGGACAAGGCGGAAAACAGGAAAUCCCAAAGAAGAAAAGAACCUACAGGGGUUGAUAAAAGAUUUCUAAGCAUGCGACCUGUGAACAAAAACUUUUCAGAGGAAGAGACUAAAUGUCAGCUAUGUGAGAAGGUCUUUGAACACCCCAAUCAGCUGAAGUUCCAUAUGAGGAUCCACAGCUCCCGGUACCACUGCAGCCAGUGUGAGAAGGGUUUCUCCAGCCAGUCGGGCUAUUACCAUCACCAAAGAAUACACAAAAAAGGACGAAUAUUCAUAUGUGACCUGUGCAACAAAGGAUUCCUGUGCAACAGUUCCCUAAAUCAGCACAAACGACUCCACGCCGGCCCCACCAACUUGUGCAACAUAUGCGGGAAAAACUUCAGCAAAAACGGUUUUGUGAGGCACAUGCAGAUGCAUAAAGGGGAGAAGAAUUACCUGUGCACCACCUGCGGAAAGUCGUUUUUUUCCUCGGGGGAGCUGCACAUGCACGAUCGGACUCACACGGGCGAGACGCCGUACACCUGCAUCCACUGUGGGAAAGGCUUCUCCUGCAAGGGGCAUCUCACGGUGCACCUGCGCUCUCACACGGGGGAGCGGCCGUACGCCUGCCUGGAUUGUCCUAAACGCUUUCUGACCGUGAACUGUCUGAAGAGGCACGCUCUCAGUCACAGCGGAGUUAAACCAUUUAAAUGUACCAAGUGUGAGAAGGAGUUCUCCCAGCAAGGAAACCUGAAGAGACAUCUGGCAACUCAUAAACCUGACAAGUAACGGGUUACCUUUUGAUAAAUCAAGUGUUGAGUUUGUGCCUUUUUUAAACUUUAAUGAUGUUUUUUUAUGUUUCCAUUUCUUCUAUUCAGUGAAUUUUGUCAGCUUCAGCACUUUCAAAUUGGUCAAAUAAAUAGUAAAGUUGUCAUACAAAUACUUCCUGUGAUUAUAGGUCAGAAUUUAUUGCAUUAAAAUGUCGGGCAAGACAGAAAAUCCAUGAAUUCUUGUUUUUCAUUUGUUACUUUAUGUUAGCACGUCUUUAAUAAACACAUCUAUUUAAAAAAAA